GAUAACGACCACAUAACGAUAAGUUAUCUAUGCGGUCAGAGUGUUGUUUACUCACAGUAAGGAUGUUGUUUCGUCAGUGGGUAAGGGCUAGGCAUAUAGCUAACGACAGAAUAACGACCUCUAGACUACAAUCUAUCUACUGCAUCGCCAUGGCUCAAUCAGACAAGUUUGUGUUUUUCGUUAUUGUAUGUCUCCUAGCUCAAUACUCAUUCGCUUCUGCAUUUGUUAUACCAGUCUACCCCGUGUCAUCCCAGUUUCCACUGCUCGACAUCUUACGACUCGCAUAUUUGCCCCGACAUUGUGCAACAGUCGGAGAAAAGUGUAAUCAGUCUACAGCUUGCUGCCCUGGACUUCGAUGUCUCUUCUACUUGUCUCAGUGUGUCACUUCUGACCCAAUCAAUGCUGCCAACGUUGUCACCACAGGAUAACUCUAGCCACUACAGGACCAUCCCGCAAAAAUUUGUUAAUUUGGAAUCAUGAUGAGUUGAUCAAACACCACACCACUGUAAUGCUGUAUUGUACUGUAAUAUCUGUAAAUAAACAAACAUCGUAAAAACACAA